CUAAACCCUUCGGAGCGAAGUUGAUUGUGUGUUUCGGAGGAAGUGGCAGCAGGCCAUGGCCAUGACGGAAUCCUACGAGCUCGCUAGAGCAUCACGCAAGCCUGGUAGACGAGGUGGAAGAGGGGAAGGCCGAGGUGGAGGGAGAGGAAGAGGUUCUCACGAGAGGGAAUCGGACCAUGGAUAUGGCGGUGAUGCCAGUGAGCGUUAUGGGAGGGAUGAGGGUGAGCAGGUAUCAUACGGCGGCAGCAGGGGGCAAGUGGAUCCCGAGACUCAACAAUAUUUCGCUGAGAUCAAUGAGUUAGUUGGCGAGGGAGGGGGUACGGUGGAAGAUCCAGAGGAGCGGGGAAUCGUGAUAGGGAAUGCGCUCGAUGAAACGCGAGGAAAGGAGCUUCAAUUAGCAUGCCAUUCCUAUUGUGGUCGGGUGUUGGAGACCCUUUUUAUGAAUUGUGAAACCAUGCACGCUGCGUUGUUUUUGGAGCGAUGCACUGAUCUUUUUGUGUCCAUGGCAUUGGACCCUGGAGGCUCUCAUGUUGCAGAGGCUGCGUUGAAGGCUAUUGCCUAUGCCUUGCAAGGUAGUAAUGUUCGCAACCAGGAAUGGUAUCCCGUCGUGGAGCGUUUUUUAUCAAAAAUUUCAGAGGCUCUUGGAGAAGGUUACACUGGAUCCGACCUCAUGAAUAAUCGAUAUGGCUCCCACGUACUUCGACAGCUUCUUUCUUUGUGUAGUGGUAUUCCUAUUGAAACGUUGUGUAAAUCUGGAGGUAAGAGCAACAGCCUCGCCGAACGCCUUGGAACCAAAGGAUCGAAAUUUAAAGGUGCUGGAGCAGCACGUCUUCGGGGUCAUCGUUUCGGAGAGCAUCUGCACACGCUCGUGGGAAAUCUUUUGAAAAGUUGUGAAGGGAAAAUGGAAGAUUUGCGGGCUAGUUCAGCAGGAGGUCCAGCACUACAGUUUAUGCUGCGAGCCCUUCAAGGAGACGAAGCAGCUGUGAGUCAUUGCAUAGCAUUGAUGCUGGAUUGUGCCGGAGAGGAUGAGCCAAAGGAAGGGUCGGCCUUGGAGAAAGGUGAUGUGGAAAAGAUAGUGGAAAUGAUACAAGAUUCUAGCAGCAGUCAUCUCAUGGAGGUAAUGAUCCAAGUUGCAUCAGAUGCUUUGUACUUGGAGAUAUUUCAACGGUUUUUUAGGCACCGUCUGCUUCAGUUAUCUAUCCAUCCGUCAGCUAACUUUGUGGUACAAGCACUAAUCGCCGCUGCAAGGCAUCCGGGUCAGGUUACGAUGAUUUUAGAGGAGCUAGAGAACAGUUUUUCCGAGAUUCUCGCAGAGCGCAGGGGCACCGUAGUUGGGUCUCUCUUGGCUGCUUGCUUACGAUUUCGAAUUAAGCAGCGUGAGGUUUGUCGAGCCCUCACUCGUGCCAUCAAUCCCGACUCACCUUCACCAAACCGCAUUGUUCCGCGGAUGCUAUUUCUUGAGGGUCUAGCAGGAACCGGAAGAUUUCCACAGGAUUGGAAGGCACCUUUUGGCUCUCGCAUGUCAGUGCUUGGGUGUGCUAUGUUACAAACUGCUUUCAGCUAUCCCGAGGAUUGCUGUCAGCAGUUUUGUGCAAGCAUGGCAGCGCAAGAGCCUGAUGAUGUCUUAGAGACUGUGAGGGAUUCUGGAGGUAGCCGAGUAAUAGAAGCUUUUCUCUCUUCUGUUGCCGCUCCGAUGAAACAUAAGCAUCGACUGAUAUCAAAGUUGAAGGGACAUUUUUCAGAACUUGCACUUUCUCCGAUCUGUUCUUACACCGUAGAGAAAUGUUUUUCAACUGGUGACAUCAAGAUAAAGGAGAUGAUAGCUGCAGAACUGGCUUUAUCUCAACCAGAAAUCUCGAAGACUCGACAUGGUCCAUAUUUGCUGAAACGAUGCGACAUUGCCCUAUACGCCAAGGGUCCUGAGCAGUGGAGGACGCGUGAGAGUUCGAAGGCAGGGACUAGAGAAGCUUAUGCCAACCUUUUUCAAGUAGAAGAUGUUCCAGACACCCAAACUGAUUCUACUGCUGUACCAGCCGCAAGUGAAGGAAAGAAGAAAAGAAAGUUCGUAGAGGAAACAGAACAAAAGAGUGAAGUGCCAGGUAUUGUGAGGGAGCCUCCAUCUAUCAGUGCGCUGGAGUUAGAUGGAACAAUGGCACAACUAGGUUUCAAUCCUAACAAGUUUCCGCACGGCCGCAAGAAAAAAGAUGCUGCCGUACAACCAGAAUUGACUUUGUUUGAGCCGGAGGAAGGUGCAGUUGUGAAAAAGGACGAGAUCGAUGCUCUUUUCAAGGAGAAAAAAGGAGAUAAGACUAAAAAAGACAAGAGAGAAAAAGGUGUGAAAGAGAAGAAGGGUAAGAAACGUAACAAGCAAGAAGGGGAGGUGAAGAGUGUAGUAGAGCCUGAAGCCGUCAAAGCUGAGAGUGCAUCUGUGGCCGACUCUCUGAAAGCUGUAAUGGGAGCGUUGGAAGGGGGAGUAAGACAGAAUAAAAAGAAGAAAAGUGAUGGGUCUGGCAAGCAGAGGACCCAGAACGUGAUGAUUUGAAACUGAUUCUUAUGUUUAGUCCACCAAUUUUUGAUCGCCUUAGGAUAUAUAAGUGGUGUGUAGUAGUAGUUAGGACCUGAGUUUGUAGCGUGGAUACUUGAACUGGAUCCAAUUCUUACCAGUCAUCGAUUUAUUUGAUCUGAGUAUUUAGUAGGAAAUAAUUGUACAAUAUUCAACUUGUAGAGUUUUGGAUAUUUGGCAAUCACACAUGUGCCUCUCUUAGACAACA